AUCACGGUCAUCUGAAAGGGCGCCCUCAAUAUUUCCAAGAUGGCAGACCCUCUAGGGGUAUUUGCGUUAUUUUUGUGUCUGAUUCAGGUGGUCCGGUCAACAGGCCAGUUUGAGACCCUACCCGUCAGACAAGACUGUUCCGCAAGAGGUUUAUCAUCGAGUCUUCUAUGUAGCUCGUGCAGUGAUCUUCCAAGCCAUGGCCUGGACGUGUUAAUGGGGGAUUGUCAAGCGUGCUGUCAACAAGAUAAUGAUGAAGUGGUACAAAAGCUUUACCCCAAGGCAUUGCUAGAGGUGUGUAGCUGAAAAUUGGGACGGUUUCCACAGAUCCAAGCAUUCAUCAAGAGUGAGCGCCCAAAGCAGUUUCCAAAUCUUGAAAUCAAGUACAAGCGUGGGGCCGACCCAGCCCUGAAGUUCCUGAACAACCAAGGACAGGUACAAGAGACGCUUAGCAUCGAGAAAUGGAACACGGAUACUGUGGAAGAGUUCCUUCAGGAACGUCUCAUUAUGUAGAGAGACACAACAACAACAACAACAACAACAACAACUAGUUUAUGUUUUAGCACACAUUUAUGAAAGCUCUGUACUAAACCUUAUGGUGUGCAUAGCCUGAUGCCAGGUGUGUUAUGACUGUGGGUGUGUUCGAUCAGCUUCCCUAGGUCGACCCCGGUCUGCCCCCGGUACGUUCGAAUAGCUUUUACGUCAUUCCAGGGGCUCACUCAGGUCAGCCCCAAAUGCCCUGCUUGUGAAUUGGGUCACUUGGGGGCUGGCCCCAGGUGCAUGACGUCACCACGAAAGGGUGAGUGAUCGUUUGUUUAGCUCUUGUCAGGGGCUUACCCGAGUGAGCACUUGGGGUCGACCCAGGGGAGUUAAUCGAUCACACCCUGUAUUUAAGGUUUGGGGUUUGAACAAAGAAAAAUUUACUGGAGCAAGAUUUGAACUAACAACCACCGGUUUAACGUGCCGGUGAUCUACCAACUAAGCUGUCAAGCGCUAUGUAGGUGGUGUACCUAUUUGAUGAAUGUCUUUGUUUGGGUUAGCUCAUGUUCCCUGGUUGUAUCAUAAACCUGGGUACCGACACCUGGCUACCUGUUGUACGACUUCCGAGUGACUGGCGCCCCCGAACGAAGAUAUUGACACAAAAAGGGAGAUCGCUCAGUUGGUAGAGUGCCAGGUCUUUUGUUCAAAUCCUGCUGUAGUUAAUUUUUCCUUUUUUGCAAAUCCCAAAUUAUUUAAAAAUAAUUAUACGAUUUUGCUUUUAGGGAAAAUGGGAUGGAAGUUUUCCAAGUGGAUAUCUUUUAAAGCAUUUAUAAGAAAAAGCUUUCCAUUUUGCAAGUAACUUACUUUAUUAAAAGUUAUAUUUGUUUAUACUCUUUGUUCACGCACUUCCAUGUGAGAGAGAAAUAAAGACGCACAGAUUCCAAAGUUGUUUUUUUAA